AUGGGUGCUAGUCUUUCUUCUUAGGUUGCUGAAUGUGAUCCUCAAGGUACUUUAAUGGGUUCACACCUUAAAACUCCCGAGGACAUCAAGGAAUUCCCAUAUUUCCCAAGUGGAACCACUUCAAUUUUGAGCCAAUGUCUUACCAAGGAUAUUUGGGAUCAAUUGAAGGACAAGAAAGAUAAGCACGGAUUCACCUUCAAAUAAGCAAUCUUCUCAGGAAGCAAAUGGACUAACUCAGGAGUUGGAGUCUAUGCUGGAUCUCACGAUUCAUAUUAUUCUUUUGCUCCAUUCUUCGACAAGGUUAUCUACAAAUAUCACGGACACUCCAAGACUGACAAGCACGUCAGCGAUAUGGAUUACACCAAGCUUAACUGCCCCAAAUUCCCAGCUGAUGAGGACGCCAUGAUUAACUCAACUAGAAUUAGAGUUGGAAGAAACCUUGCUGACUACCCACUAGGUUCAUGUGUUACCAGAGAACAAAGAUUAGAGGUUGAGCAGAAAGUUACUUCUGCCCUCGCUAAGUUUACUGGUGAUCUUAAGGGAAAAUACUACUCACUUGCAACUAUGACACCAGCUGAGAAGAAACAGCUUAUUGAAGAUCAUUUCCUUUUCAAGGGUGGUGACAAGUAUCUUGAGUCAUCAUUCCUCGAGAGAGACUGGCCUGAGGCUAGAGGAAUCUUCCAUAAUGAUGCCAAGACUUUCCUUGUGUGGGUUAAUGAAGAAGAUCAACUCAGAAUCAUCUCUAUGCAAUAAGGUUCAGAUAUCAGAGAAGUCUUCGAAAGACUCUCAAGAGCUGCUACUGAUAUUGAGAAGGUUGCUAAAUUCGCUCAUGACGAUCACCUCGGUUAUAUCACUUCAUGCCCAACUAACUUGGGAACUGGCUUGAGAGCUUCAGUUCACAUCAAAUUGCCAAAGCUUGCCAAGAGACAGGAUGAAUUCGAGGCCAUUGCUAACAAGUAUUUCGUUCAAAUCAGAGGUGCUCAUGGAGAGCACACUGAGACUGAUGAUGGUGUCUUUGAUAUUUCAAACUUGAGAAGACUUGGAAGAAGCGAAGUAGAUCUAGUUCAAGACAUGUACAACGGAGUUAAAGCAAUGAUCAAGAGAGAGAAAGAACUCUGA